CCGCCUCCUCCUCGCCGCCUCCGAGCUCGCCCGCGCGGCGGCGCCGGGGUUCGGGACCCUCCUCCGCCGCCUGCCGUUCCCAGGCGACGCCCGCCUGCUCGAGCUUUUCGCCGAGCACGCCUCCUUCCUCGCCGACGAAGAGCCGCAGCUCCUCGCCUCCGCCGUCUUCGCCUUCCUCCGCCUCCUCGCCAGGAACCGUCUCGCUCCGGCCCCGAGCAGCGCUGAGUGCAAUGACUGCGAAGAGUGCAAGAGCGCCAAGAGCCUCGAAAAAUGCUGGGGACGUGGCGCGGCGGGCAGGCAGGCCGCCGGAGGGUCACCGGCCGGCGAGUGAGGUGGGGUGGUCGUGGGUCGCCCAUGGUUUCCUGUCCGUCCAGUUCCUAACUGCAAUAAAAAAGCAGGUUUGCAACUGCAGCCGUGACCUGGCUGCGUUGACCAUGCUUUCUUAAUUGUUCGGAUCUGGAGUCUUCCUCACCAACCCUUUGCAGUCGGAAGCCUUGCACAUCCUCCUGCUGAUGAGAUGUUCAACCGGUUUUUUCAACCUAGAACUCGCAAGAAUGCUUUGUCGCCGUAUUAUUUGGAUUUUGGUAUGCUGGAGAAGAAGCUAGAGGAUCCACUUGCGACGCCGAUGUGUUUGCCACUCAUCUUUCUGAAAUGUAUCACACGUGAUUUCUCCAAGGAGCAAGAACUUGGAAGAGGCGCGAUUGGAGUGGUAUACAAGGGCAUUCUUCAAAACGGGAAGACGAUUGCUGUGAAGAAACUUUCCCGGCCCUUAGAAGAGGAUCAAUUCCAGAAUGAAGUUACUUAUCUUAUCGGGGUGAAGCAUGAAAAUGUGGUACAACUCCUAGGCUAUUGUGCUGAAACACAGAGCGAAGUACUGGUUCAAGAAAACCCACCUAUCUGGGCUGAGAAACGAGACAGGCUGAUCUGCUUCGAGUAUCUAAACAACAAGAGCCUUGAUGAGUACAUUUCCGGUAUGCUGAGUCUUGUGGGCUGGAGUGGCCCAAGAGAUUUGCGAUAAUUAAGGGAAUAUGCUAUGGUUUGGAUUACCUUCAUGAGGAAUGCAAUAUUGUUCAUUUGGAUCUUGAACCCCGGAAUAUAUUGAUGG